UACUCUAUCAUUGAAAUAGGCGUCAAUUGCAAUCCGGAUGCCAAACGACUAUACGAUGAUCUGAUCUCGCGGUACAACAAACUGGUCCGUCCCGUCAUCAAUGUAUCGGAACCGCUCACUGUUCACAUCAAACUCAAACUCUCACAACUCAUUGAAGUCGUAAGUCCUUUCACUUUCUAAAUGCUAUAUACUAUAGUAUAGUAA